UCCUGCCACUACGCUGUCCAGCCCAGAGCAGGUUGAACGUAUCUAUCUUUACUCUUAUUUUAAUCAUCUCAUCUGUUAACCCCUUUGCUUUCUCAUCGUCUGCCUCCACAUCAGACACGAGCCAGGCUGGUUGUUUGGAGAUGAAGCUGUGUCUUCUUCUUGUCUUGUUUUGCCUCUGCUGUCCAGGACUGACUGAGGAGCCCAGUCCAGCAGCUCCUGAUGUCUCUGCUCCUGUAGACGUGGAGGAGGAGAUGGAGGAGAAGGUCCACAGCUGUGGGGGAGGGCGGGUGUUCAGCUCAGAGGAACACAGGGCGAUAGGGGGCGCCAUCGAGCGACUGGGUUUACAAUUCCUGGAAAAUCUCCCCAUCAGUCCACAGCAGCCGAACGUCGUCCUAUCACCUCUCAGCCUGGCCCUCGCCCUCGCUCAGCUAACCUUAGGCGCUUGUAACGAGACAGAGCAGCUGCUGCUGAGGAGCCUUCAUGCCGUCAGUCUGCCAUGUUACCACCACAUACUGGGAGGCCUUGCGCAUCAUGUCAGCAACACGUCCCUGGAGGUGGCAGCGCGCAUGUACCUGAGACCAGGAUUUGAAGUGAAGUUGUCCUUUGUUGAGGACUCUCUGGCCAGGUACCAAUCGUCCCCUGUCCCUCUGGUCUCUGUGGAGGAGGUCAACCAGUGGGUCGAGAACGCCACCAAUGGACACAUCUCCAACUUCAUGGAAAGCAUUCCACAUGACGUGGUGCUUAUGCUCAUGAACGCUGUGUACUUCAAAGGUGAAUGGCAGACCCAGUUUGACCCCCUGGUGACCUCCAAAGGAAUGUUCUACCUAGAUAACCAGAACUCUGUGUUGGUGGACAUGAUGAAGUCUGCCCAGUACCCUCUCCGCCUGCUGAGCGAUCCAGAGCUGAAAGCACAGGUUGCCAGUCUUCCCUUCAAGGGAAACACCAGCUUCUUAAUCGUCAUGCCCUUUCCAGGCAGUGGAAACGUGUCAUCGGUCCUUCCCAAACUGAACAUCUCAGACCUUUACAGACGUUUACCUCAGCAGCAAACAAUGCAGGUCAGCUUACCCAAAGUGAAGCUGCAGUACAACCAGGAGCUCCAGGGAGCGCUGACCAGCAUGGGCCUCAGCUCUCUGUUUUCAGGUCCAAACCUUUCUGGGAUUUCCGACCACCCUCUGAGGGUCACAGGCGUCCGCCAUGCCAGCACCAUAGAACUCAGCGAGGAAGGCGUGGAGGCGUCCGCCACCACUGUUGUAACCUCCAUGCGUUCCAUCUCUCUCUUCUCUGUCAACUCCCCUUUCCUCUUUGCCCUUGUUGAUGAUGCCACCCUGGCCCCCCUCUUCAUGGGCAUUGUCACAAACCCAGCUCCCAACAAUAGCCCCAUGCUUAAUGAUGAUCCUAGCCACAACAGCACCAUGAGCGACCAGCCUGUGACGGAAAACGCCAGGAACAUAGACAUAAAUAGCGAACACAGGUCUUGCAACAUGACAGUGAUGGCAAAAGACAGUAGCAUGCGGUCAUGUAGCGCCCCUGCUGGUGAGAGGGAGCAGCUGCGGAGUGUGAAUGGACUGGAGGGCAGCGGCAAGAAAAAGAAGAAGUAGCACGGAGAAAAGAAUCUGCUCCAAACCAGACAACUCUGCACCUGCCUGAAGUUUUAAAUCUCGAAGGAUAGGUAGACAUUUUUGGAAAUACACUUGUUGGCUUAUUUGCUGAGACUUAUGGUCUUUACAUACGGGGCAUGACCAAUAAGGGUUGGGUAGGGAUGUAAUUAACCGCUGAGAAUAUUUUAUACCAGUUGCCCAUCGUGGUCCAUGGGUUAAUUUUUUUGCUGCUUCUCAGUUUAGUAGUAGCACUAUGCUGUUCUACUUUAAGAACAAAGCUAUAAGGGAAUUUAUGCUACACUGGUUAGCUAGCCUUUGCUGCUCUGCACUGUGUACAACCCAACUAGUUAGCUCAUUACCACUGGUAACUUUGUGCCGACCCAUGGUGGCGGGACACCGUUACUGCAGAAACAUUGUGCCCAUCCUCUGUUCUCCCCUCAGGUCACCCGGUGAGGAAAUGGCUUAAUUUUAACUGCAAAACCCCUUUAGCAUCUUCUGUUAGCUCUGUUAGCACCAAUAGAUGUAUAAUAACUGCUCAUCUGGUGUAUACGGCAAAAAGUUUCUAGCCUCUGGGAUUUAUAUGUAGCAGUAUUCGUGUAGCAGUGUUUUUUCCGCUGGCUCCGCCCAGGAGUUCUUGCUCAGCUCACUUUACAUUGUGAUGAUGUCACAAUAUUUAAUUGCUUUUCUGGGCUUGAGGAGGUUUUGUAAAUAUAAACCUCCCUCCUCCCCAAAAUUCACAACAGAAGAACUCAUAAUUGAACUUGUUUGCAGUUGGAGGUGUCGACACCUUUACAGACGUCUCUUUUAUAGUGGUGGUCUACAUGGAAAAUGCUUUUUUGACCGCAGGGGAUCUUUUUGCUGCAAUAACACAAGUGACCACUGGAAAAAUGUACAAGCAAGACUGGAUGGUGUCCCUGGGGGCCUGUUAGCACUGUUAGCAGCAUCAACACUGCUAGUGGUGCUAACAUACAUUAGUUAACAAUACUAAGGGGUUUUGCAACUCAGAAUAAAGGUGCUUGCUAACUAUGGCAACCUGGGCGAGCUGGAGGGUGGCCACCAUGUUUCUGCAGCAAUGCUGUCCCACCACCAUGUCUCAGGACAGCGUUACCAGCAGUAAUCACUGAAUGAGUGGUGCCGCUAGUUAGCUCCCACCUGACCUGGGUGGAGUGCAAUGCAGAGCAGCAAAGACUAACAUUAGCUAAUCAAUGGAG